AUGGCGACGGCAACGGCCCCUACAUACACUUUGUUCCUCGGAACAUUCAUCCAUCUUCCCCGCAAACCGACUGGGGUGGAUCCAGAUGCGAAAUGGCGACCCGAGCUCGAGAUUAAUAACGGCGCGUUAUGGGUUUCGAAUAGCGACGGGAAAAUCGCGGGGUAUGACUGGUCUUUCUCACCAGCUGACGGCAACGUGAAGGCGUUGACGGAGAAGUUGGGGCUGAGCGGAAAGGUGACGGAGGUGGUUGGCGCAAGGGAGGACAGGAACGAGUUUUUCUUCCCCGGGUUCAUCGACGGAGAUACACACAUCCACGCCCCGCAAUACCCCAACUCGGGCAUCUUCGGCUCCUCAACCCUCCUCGACUGGCUCGAAACAUACACCUUCCCCCUCGAAUCCUCCUUCAGCGACACCUCCAAAGCCCGCGCCGUCUACUCGCGCGUCAUCGCGCGCACCCUCGCCAACGGCACCACCUGCGCCUCCUACUUCGCCACCAUCCACGUCCCCGCCACCAACCUCCUCGCCUCCCUCUGCCACGCCCGCGGCCAGCGCGCCCUCAUCGGCCGCGUCUGCAUGGACAACCCGUCCUUCUGCCCGGACUAUUAUCUCGAUUCCUCGCCCGAAUCCUCCGUCACCAAAUCCCAGGAAACAAUCGCCCACAUCCACUCCCUAGACCCAGACGGAACCCUCAUCCACCCGAUCCUCACCCCGCGCUUCGCGCCAACCUGCUCCCCGCCCGCCCUCCGCGGCCUCGCCCAGCUCGCAAACUCCUACAAUCCCCCGCUCCACAUCCAAACCCACCUCUCCGAGAAUACAGGCGAGAUAUCCCUCGUCCGCGAGCUCUUUCCAUCAAGCAAGGACUAUACCUCUGUCUACGAUGACUUCGGGCUCCUCACGCCGCGCACAAUCCUCGCGCACGCGGUGCAUCUGUCCCCAUCUGAGCGGGAACUGAUUGCGAAGCGGGGCGCCAAGGUAUCGCAUUGCCCGGCGUCGAAUUCAGCGCUGGGGAGCGGGAUCUGCGCUGUGAGGAAGUUGCUAGAGGCGGGUGUGGAGGUUGGGUUAGGGACUGAUGUGAGCGGCGGGUAUAACUGUAGUGUGCUCGAGGCUGUGCGGCAGGCGUGUCUUGUUUCGAGGCUGUUGAGGCAUAGCCAUAAUCAUUCGAAGGAAGGUGGAAGUGAUGGUGAAGAGGUGCUGAGUGUGGAGGAGGGUCUGUACCUUGGUACGCGGGGCGGCGCGGAGGUCGUGGAUCUAGCCGGGGAGGUUGGGGGGUUUGAGGUUGGGAUGUCCUUUGAUGCGCAGAUGGUUCGAUUGGGUCAUACGUCGUCCUCUGCGGAGGGCAGAUUACAUGAGCACGGCGUUGUGGAUGUGUUUGGGUGGGAGUCGUGGACGGAAAAGGUGCAUAAGUGGGUGUGGACGGGGGAUGAUCGGAACGUGAGGGCUGUUUGGAUCCGGGGGCGACUGGUUCACUCUUUGGAUGAAAGACAAUUGGAAGUGAGCGGACCCGAGCGAAAGAAGGCUACGUGGACAGGGACAGGGAUGGGCUGGGAGUCGAGGUGGUGGUUGUGUGGGUUGGGGUUUGUGAGUGCUUGGUUUGUUUUUGAUAGAGUCAUGCGGUAA